CGGGUUUCCUACCCACUUCUUUUCCAUUCCCCACCAUUUCCCCGCAGGCUUUUUUAAAUCCGAGCUGUCGUGCGCACGCGCACUGCCUUCCCCCAGACCUAGAGCGAGAAGGACUGUACGCGAGCGAGCGGCUCGCGCUCCCCCACGCGAGGUGUUGUUUGGAGUGUGUAUGUGCGCGCGCGUUGUUGAGGAGAGCGCGAGACAGGCGGCGCCUUGGGAGCCGGGGCUGGGCAGCAUCACUGGGCUGAGGGAGGAGGAAGGCAGCAGGUCCCUGCUCUCGGGGACCGUUGGCUCCCUUCACGCCCGGAGAGAAACGGCUCUGAGCCUUGUCCGUGUAGCGCGUCCCCCCGCUGCGCGUGUGUGGGGUGAGCUCCAUCACCUGAGCGCCUAGACGGGGGGUUUUCUGGGGGGAUCCGUAACCGCCUACCGCCCCCCAAGAUGGGCUGCACGCUGAGCGCGGAGGACAAGGCGGCGGUGGAGCGGAGUAAGAUGAUCGACAGGAACCUGCGGGAGGAUGGCGAGAAGGCGGCCAGGGAGGUCAAGCUGCUCCUUCUAGGAGCUGGUGAAUCAGGGAAAAGCACAAUUGUAAAGCAAAUGAAGAUUAUCCAUGAAGCUGGUUAUUCAGAAGAAGAAUGUAAACAAUACAAAGCUGUUGUCUACAGUAAUACCAUUCAGUCCAUUAUUGCUAUCAUUAGAGCAAUGGGGAGAUUGAAGAUAGAUUUCUGUGAUCCAACAAGGGCUGAUGAUGCCCGACAACUCUUUGUACUAGCUGGAGCAGCAGAGGAAGGAUUUAUGACCACGGAACUUGCAGGAGUUAUCAAGAGAUUGUGGAAAGAUAGUGGAGUUCAAGCCUGUUUCAAUAGAUCCAGAGAAUACCAGCUUAAUGACUCUGCAGCUUAUUACUUGAAUGAUUUGGACAGGAUAGCUCAAACCAGUUACAUCCCGACUCAACAGGAUGUUCUUAGGACUAGAGUGAAAACUACAGGAAUAGUGGAAACUCAUUUUACUUUCAAAGAUCUUCAUUUUAAAAUGUUUGAUGUGGGAGGCCAGAGAUCAGAGCGGAAGAAGUGGAUUCAUUGCUUUGAGGGAGUUACAGCAAUAAUCUUUUGUGUAGCGCUCAGUGAUUAUGACUUGGUCCUAGCAGAAGAUGAGGAAAUGAAUCGGAUGCAUGAAAGCAUGAAAUUGUUUGACAGCAUCUGCAACAAUAAAUGGUUUACAGACACGUCUAUUAUUCUUUUCCUAAACAAGAAGGAUCUCUUUGAAGAAAAAAUCAAAAGGAGUCCCCUCACUAUUUGCUACCCCGAAUACGCAGGAUCCAACACUUAUGAAGAGGCAGCUGCAUACAUCCAGUGUCAAUUUGAAGAUCUGAACAAGAGAAAGGACACAAAGGAAAUCUAUACUCACUUCACAUGUGCCACAGAUACCAAGAAUGUGCAGUUUGUUUUUGAUGCGGUCACUGACGUCAUCAUAAAAAAUAAUCUAAAAGACUGUGGCCUCUUCUAAGACUUUGCAUUCAAUGAUUUGAAGAAUGACUUCACAAACUUCUAACCUGAUGGGGUUUCAAGAA